CACUUAUCCAUUCUCCUCGUCGUUCCUACAUCCAUCAGACGUUUGACUCGUCACCUUUCAACAACCUUCUCUCUCUCAACACCCUUCACACUUUCUGUCGACCGCUACUGCAUUUGUUUAGCAUCAUGGCCCUCAAGCGCAUUAACAAGGAGCUCAUCGACCUUGGCCGUGACCCCCCAAGCUCGUGCUCGGCCGGCCCCAUCGGCGACAACCUUUUCCAGUGGCAGGCGACCAUCAUGGGCCCCGCUGACUCGCCAUACUCGGGUGGUGUCUUCUUCCUCUCUCUGACCUUCCCCACCGACUACCCCUUCAAGCCCCCCAAGGUUUCGUUCACCACCAAGAUCUACCACCCGAACAUCAACGCCAACGGCUCGAUCUGCCUGGACAUUCUGAGGGAACAGUGGAGCCCUGCUCUGACCAUCUCGAAGGUGCUCCUGUCGAUCUGCUCGAUGCUCACCGACCCCAACCCUGACGACCCGCUUGUCCCGGAGAUUGCGCACACCUACAAGACCGACCGUGCGCGCUACGAGGCGACUGCCAGGGAAUGGACCAGGAAGUACGCCACCUAAGCGCGUCCCUUCAAGUCGUCGUAACCCAGUCAUGAGCCAUGCAGAUUCUCACGUCUACGAGCAACUAGUAGUGACAUGUUGCAUUUGUUAACUGUCCCG